CCCAAACAGAGAAUUGAAAUCCAGUUGAUUUCAACCACCCAAAUUAACCCACGAAUUCCAGAUCGAUAAUCAAAAUCAUGUCUUCGAAGUCAGCCUUGAUCUUCCCAAGUUUUGUGUCAAAUUGUUGGUUUAAACUCCUAAAUUAUCACUCUUUUCGCAAUGCUAGUCACCAAAUUCGAUGCUUUUCCGCUUAUCCCAGAUUUGAUUUCAGCGGUAUCCGUGAGCCCAAUGAUGCCGUCGAUCAAUUCCAGAAUAUGUUGAGAACGCAUCCGAUGCCUUCUGUUAUUGAUUUCACCAAGUUACUGAGUGCCGUGGUCAAGAUGAAGCAAUACUCACUUGCACUUCACCUGUUCGACGAAAUGCUUCAAAGGGGUGCUCCUGUAGAUCACUACACCUUGAGUAUUGCGAUCGAUUGCUUCUGCCGACUGAAAAGACCUGAUUUUGGGUUUGCGAUUUUAGGCAGUUUCUUCAAGCGUGGCUUCAAGCCUAAUGUGGUCACUUUUACCACUCUCAUCAAAGGGCUUGUGUUGGUCGGAAGGAUCCCAGAGGCAGCAAAGCUGUGUUGGAGGUUGUCUGCGGAGCAACUGUGCAAUCCCGAUGAACGUACCUAUGGUGCUUUGAUUAAUGGGUUAUGCAAAGCUGGAGGUACUCUUGAGGCACUCGAAUUGCUUAGUCGAUUGGAAAAAGGAAGUUGCAAACCUGAUGUUUUUGCUUAUAGCAUAGUUAUUGAUGGUUUGUGCAAAGAUAGAAAGGUCGAUGAUGCUCUCCACCUCUUCUCCACCUUAGGUGAGAAGGGGAUUUCACCCAAUGUUGUGACAUAUAAUUCAAUAAUUGAGGGGUUAUGCAACCAUAGUAGAGGAAAAGAGGCUGAAGACAUGUUAAGGAAGAUGAUAUCGCAUAAAGUCUUCCCAAAUGUGAUUACUUGUAAUAUUUUUGUUGAUGCUCUUUGCCGAGAGAGAAGGAUGGAAGAGGCUGAGCGUAUGUUGGUCACUAUGAAGCAAAUUGAUGUUCAACCGAAUAUUGUUACAUACAAUGAAUUGAUAAAUGGAUAUUGUUUGCUAGGAGAAAUGGAUAAAGCUAGAUACAUUUUCCAACUAGCGGUGAAAUCCGGCAUCAAGCCUGAUGUUACAAGCUAUAGUAGUUUGAUGAACGGGUACUGUAAAAUGGGACGAAUUGAUGAUGUUUGUCGUCUUUUUACAAUGAUUCACGCCAAUGGGUUAGAGCGCGAUGUGAUUUCUUAUAACAUAAUGCUGGAGGCUUUAUUUAAUGAUGGCCGAUGUGAAGAGGGCUUGAAGUUGUUCAAUAAGAUGGAAGCUCUACAAGUUUAUCCUAAUACAGCAACUUAUGGAAUCUUGUUACAUGGUUUGUGCACUGCACAUCGUAUUGAUGAAGCAUUUUCCAUGUUAUAUAACAUGGAAAACAAAGGUUGCUUGCCUAAUGUUGUGAUAUAUACAAUUCUUAUUUCUGCCCUUUGCGAAGCAGGGCGGAUAGGAGAAGCUAAGGAUUUGAUGGUGCAAAUGGUGAAAAAGGGGUGUUUUCCCAACGGUUUGACUUACAAUAUUUUUGUUCAAGCGCUUCUCAAAAAGAACAAGAUGGACGAUGUGACUCUUCUCUUGAAAGAGAUGAUUGUAAGAGGGGAAUGCACACUUGGCACCACCACUAUUUCGAUGUUAAGUGAACCUUUGCGGAGGGAAGGGUUUGAUCAUUCGGAGAGAGGAGAUGCAUUAUAUGAUACUGCUUAAUUGAAAAUGUGUGGAUCUUUAUACGGGGCUUGCCAUCCUGUGCGUUGCUAUUACUAUUCCAAUUUCAACUGCCCAGAGAAGAAGACCAUGAACAUCCUAGUGUUGGAUAUUUCCCAUAAAUUGUACUAAGAACAACACAGGGUAGGAAAUGAGGGGAAUGCGAUAGAACUAUAUUUAUUCACAAUAUGCAAAGUCUUCUAAUACUAUAAAAGAAGGGGAAUAAGGAACUCUUGCUUGUGCCUUGCGUCCCCCAACCCUCUCUCACUCUCCAUAAGUACUCCGAUGACUGUGAUGCCGCCAUCAACAAACUCAUCAAUGUUGAGUACAAUGUUUCGUAUGUGUAUCAUGCAAUGUUCGGCUAAUUUGACAGAGAUAGACAGUGUUGGUCUCAAAGGACUGGCUACGUAAGUAAAUUUUGAACAAUUUCCAGAACAGACGAGGCGGAAAAGUGAAGCUGCUUUCAGAGAUUGAUCAUGCGGAGAAAGGAGAUGCAUUGUAUGGAUUACUACAAUCAUGGUUGGCUGUGAUGGAUUUUUUGGGUAUGAUUACGGGAGAAUGCUUUGUUCAACAAGUAAAUUAACACAAUUUCCGUGGAGUGGAUUUCUAUGUAAACUGGCAAGUUAUGGUAAGAAAUAGAGAUGUGUGAGAGUUAAGCUUGAGGGUUGAGGCCAUGGCAAAAGAGAAUUACUACUAUAUUUCUUUAGCUUGAAGGUUGAGGCCAUGUUUUUUAGAAAUUAAUCAUCAUUCGUAUAUCUAGUAACGAUGGAUAUUUUGCAUAUCACGUAAUAAUGUGCCCGGACUACUUAAUUUGUAUUCAUAUUUAUACUUCUAAUAUUAUUUCCAUUUGGGAUAAAUUUAACGAGGCUCAAACAAAACCUCAUCAACAUUUUCAAAGAUGAGUGCUCUCUACUUCGAGGUCUCGAUGGAGAUGUCCAAUAGAUGCAGAGGACUUUGGGGAUGAUUCAAGCCUACUUGAAUGACGCUGAGGAGAAAUCCAUCACCCAAGAUGCUGUCAAGAUCUGGUUGAGGGAGCUUGAAGCCGUGGCUUUCGAUGCCGACAAUGUCUUGGAUGAACUCAACUAUCAUCUUCUCCACAAAAAAGUUCAGAAAAUGAAGACACCCAAAGCCAAGGAUAAGGUACUAUCAUGCUUCUCAUCCUUUAAUGGCAUUUUGCAUCGGCGUGAUAUGGCUCAUACUAUCAAGCAAAUCAAUGUGGAUUUUGAAUCUAUGAACAAAAGGGCAACAGAUCUUAGAUCUUGGCCUUCAAAGCAUGAUUGUGAAUGCAACUGCUAUAGCUCAUACUUCCAUUGAGACGGAUUCCUUCAGUCUUGAUCCAAUCUUUAUUGGAAGAGAUGACGAUGUGCCUAAACUAGUUGACAUGCUCACCCAAAUCCAUGAUGAUCGGAUCUUUUCUAUGGCUGCUCUUGUGGGAAUGGGGGUAUGGGAAAGACUACGUUGACUAGGAAAGUCUUUAAUCAUGAAAGGGUAAAGCCUCGAUUCGGAUCAGUUAUUUGGGUUCAUGUUUCUCAAACAUUUGAUCCAAUCAGUCUUUUCAAAAAUAUCCAUUCGGCAUUGACUUCAGAUGGUGAUGGAGUUGACGGCAGGGAACUAAUCCUAAAAAGGCUUCAAGAAGUUCUCAAGUCUAAAACUUAUCUUCUUGUUCUUGAUGAUGUAUGGAAUGAAGAUGUUGCAAUGUGGGAAGACUUUAUAAAUUCCAUGUCUGGAGUUACUUCCACUACGGGAAAUGGAAUUUUGAUCACCACAAGGAGUGAAAAAGUUGCUUCUAUUGUUAACCCAUUUCAUAUUGAUCAUUUGAAUGGCUUAUCAGAUGAAGACUGUUGGUCCAUAAUCAAGGCCAAAACUUUUGGUAAAAAUGGUGAAGUUCCAUCUGGAUUUGAGAUGAUUGGAAGAAAGAUUGCAACAAGAUGCCAAGGUUUGCCCUUAGCUGCCAAUGUAGUCGGAGGAGUGCUUCAUGGUAAGUCCGAAGAAGAGUGGUGCUUCAUCAAUGAAAAUUGGGUUUCAGAUGGUGAAGGAGGUGAAAAUAUCACAAAAAUCUUGAGAUUUAGCUAUGAUAACCUCUCCUCACCGUCGCUCAAGAAGUGCUUCACGUUUUGUUCGGUUUUCCCCAAAGGUCGGACAAUCGUGAAGCAGGAGUUGAUUGAACUAUGGAUGGCAGAAGGGUUUCUUCAACCAAGCCGAAGAGAUGACAAGGAGUCUGUGGGCAACAUGUUUUGUAAUGUGCUUCUACAAAACUCUUUGUUGCAAGUUGCAGAGAAAGAUGAUUAUGGAAAUAUUUCAGAGGGUGUGAUGCAUGAUCUUGUGCAUGAUCUUGCAUCUUCAGUCUUAUUCAAUAUUGUAGAUGGCAAUACCAUAGUUCGAUACAUGUUUCUCAAAGAAGAAUCAAGUUCUAUUCCAAAAAAAGUGGCCAGACAUUUGCGUACUUUAUUCUUGGAAGGUGGAACUUCUGGUACUUUAUUCUCAAAAUGUCUGCAUAAUCUGACUCUUUUUGGUGAUUAUAAAGAGUUACCCAAUUCAAUUAGGGAGUUGGUACAUUUGAGAAAUCUGAAUAUUUAUGACACAGAAAUUGUAAACUUGCCAAAAUGGAUUAGUAAACUCCAUCACUUGCAAGCAUUAAGAGCAAGCUGGAAGUUAGAGAAUCUGCCUUGAAGUACAUGUUUAACUUAAGGCAUCUUCAUAUCCAUUCUGAUACAAAGUUGCCUGCGGAGAUUGGGAGAUUAACUAUUCUUCGUACACUCCCUUACUUCACUGUAGGCAAAGAGAAGGGCUUCCAAAUUGAAGAGCUCGGAAGUUUGAAGAAUCUCAAAGGAUCACUAGAGAUUCGUGAUCUAGAGGAGGUGCGUGAUAAAGAAGAGGCUCUGAAAGCAAAUAUUUCAGAAACCAGACUUAUUUGAUUUGGCGUUUACAUGGAGUGAUGGUAGAGAAGAUGAAACAAAUGAUGAGAGUGUAUUGGAAGGCCUCCAACCUCAUUCAAAUCUGAAAAAGUUGGAGAUAUCCGGAUUCAAAGGCAUAAAAUUUCCAAUGUGGGCUGAGAAGAUGGCAGUACGUGAUGGGCCUCAAGGAUCUUGGGUACCACUGGAUAACUUAAUUGAAAUAGCACUCUUGGGGUGCUCAGAAAUUGAGGAAAUCCCAACGCUAGAGCACUUGCCUAAUCUCAAGUAUCUUGCUUUGAAAGGACUGAAGAAGGCGAGGCUCAUAAAUGCUUCGUUCAAUCAUUUAACAUCACUCAAAAUAGAAGAGCUAGAUCGAUUGGAUUGUCUGCCACAAUGGAUAUUCUAUAACAAUCACAAUAUCUCAUUUUUGUACAUAUCAAAUUGUGGUGUGUUGAGAGAAUUACCAGAUGGCUUGGACACCCUCCAUUCUCUAGAGAGUUUGUAUAUUUGGGAUUGUGAAAAUAUGAAGUCGAUUGGGAAUCCAAGUGGCAGAGCAAGACAAUCACAGGGGAUCCUCCGCCGGCUGAAUAUUAGAGGGUGUGGAGAGCUAAUGGAAUUGCCUUGUGAAAUGAUAGAGUCGUGGGCUCCUACAAUUGAGUAUCUUCGAUUGGAGGGAUUAAGGAGGCUAAAGAAUCUACCAAUGGUAAUUGAUUGCCUCGCUAAAUCAUCUACUCGUCUCGCAGAUUUGAUAAUCAUAGGUGUUCCUAAAUUGAUGGCUGCUAAUAUUGGUUGUGUUGAGAGUUGGGAUCUUAGCAGUUUGAAUAUAUUACACAUAGAUAUGAGUGUGGAAUGGUCAAGAGAGGACAGUGUUGGCAUUGCAGAGACUGUGGAAGGGAUGCUGCAACUCACUUCGUUACUUAACGAUGAGGAAUAUAGGGGUAGAAGAAUUGCCCCAAUCAAUUCAACAUCUCACUGCUCUUGAUAGGUUAGAGUUGGGAAAUAUAGGAGUAGAAGAAUUUCCCCAAUGGUUUGGGAACCUCUCAUCUCUAACACAGUUAUGUCUAUUUAGUUGCAACAAAUUGAAGCGUCUGCCCUCUGUGGAUGCAUUGAAUCACCUCACUAAAUUAGAUUGGUUGGAUAUUAGAGAUUGCCCCGAACUACGUAUUGAUUCCGAUUGGCGCAGCCACCAUCCCCAUCUGAAAAUCAUGGUCGAUUACCAACCCGUUUGAAUGUUGUAGCAAGUUAGAGAAUAUAUGGAUAGACGAAUUGCCCCAAUGGUUGGGGAACUUCUCUCUAAGAGUGCUGAAGCCUCUUCCCUCUAUGGAUGCAUUGAAGCGCCUCAUCAUUAAUGAUUGCCCAGAACUACGUAUUGAUUCGGACUGGUGCAGCCACCAUCCCCAUCUGGAAAUCAAGGUCAAUGGCCACCCCGUUUGAAUGUUGUUGCAAGUAUAGUUUAUGCGAACUCAGGACUUAAGUAAGACAGAUGGGGUCGUUGUCAUAGUCAUCGUCAGUGUCCCAGUUACCAACGAGCUAAGGAAUUGAGCAAUUGUGAUGAAGAGAGCUCAGAGAGAACAUAAUGCUGGAGGCUUUAUCAAUGCGGAUUCCGAGUCUAUGAAUGAAAGAGCAUUAGAUCUUGGCCUUCUAAGAAUAAUUGUGUAUGCACCUACUGCUGCUGCUGCUCGUACUUUUGCUGAGACAGAUUCGUUCAGUCUUCACUUUGUGAUCUAUCUUUGACAGGUCUAGAAAUUUGGGAUUCUUUGCCAGACUCAAUGCAACAUUUCACUGCUCUUUACAGUUUAGAGUUGGAGAAUUUUGGAGUAAAAACAAUGCCUAAAUGUUUUGGAGGGCUCUCAAAUCUAAAAAGGUUGUGAUAAAGAGACGUCUGUACAUAUAUAAUUUUUGAAUCUUGAUUUAUUGUGGUAGCACAUAGAGGAGAUAGGAAUGAAGGUUGAUUGAAUUGGUGAUUGAAGGAACAACACAUAGUGUUGGAAAUGAGGAGAAUGCUAUAGAACUAUAUUUAUCAAGUAUCAACCAUUCUUUUCUUCA